UAUACCUAUCCCCAGUACUUUUAAUACUAUUACAGAUAAUAUCAAUAUGUCUGCUGCCAGCAAGAUCUUAUCCGAAAAGCCAACUGAAUUGGAAUUACAAGUUGCCCAAGCUUUCGUUGACUUGGAAGCACAACCAGACUUGAAGGCUGAGUUGAGACUAUUGCAAUUCAAGUCCAUCAAAGAAAUCGAUGUUUCCGGUGGUAAGAAAGCCUUGACCGUCUUUGUUCCUCCUCCAUCCUUGGCUGCCUACAAGAGAGUCCAAACCAGAUUGACCAGAGAAUUGGAAAAGAAGUUCCCAGACAGACACGUUGUGUUUUUGGCUGAAAGAAGAAUCUUGCCAAAGCCUGCUAGAGUUUCUAGAAAGCAACAAAAGAGACCAAGAUCCAGAACCUUGUCUAGUGUUCACGACAAAAUCUUGGAAGACUUGGUUUUCCCAACCGAAAUCAUCGGUAAGAGAGUCAGAUACUUGGUUGGUGGUAACAAGAUCCAAAAGGUUUUGUUGGACUCCAAGGACUCUACUGCUGUUGACUACAAAUUGGACUCUUUCCAACAAUUAUACACUAAGUUGACCGGUAAGACUGUUGUUUUCGAAAUUCCAGGUGAAUACUAAGUCAUCUUUCCCCCCACCAAUAAAGAAGAAUCAAAACUCCCCAUACUAAAUUGUAAGUUUAUUAGAGGUGACUUUAAUAUUCUUUAUGUAAUUUAAUAAGUAUAUAUCGUCAUAAUAAAGUGAAAAGGACCAGUUAUUGUAAGAUUAGUGAGAUGGCCAGGCGAGGUUAAUAGUGAAAAGGGCCAGUUUGCCAAUCAGUGUUGUCUAUGUAUUUUACACUAUUUACACCUUACACCUUUUUAACAUAUGAUGAUGGAAACAACCCUUUAUUACCAUUCAACUCUCCCUCAGUCCAUCCACUUCCAUCCGUAUCUUCUUGUACUGAUACAAUUCUAUCUCCUACAGAGAUGCUGAGUUCAUCUUCUCCGUCUGCAACAUAAUCAUACAACGCUUCCACGUACUGAACCCGCUUGGCACCUCUUUUAGGAGCUACACUUGGCCCUUGUUUCUUCAGAUCACCUGUGUUAGUAGCAACAAUCGUAUCGACCGUGAUAUACGAUGUAGGGACAAGUCCUUGACGUCCGUUCAAGUCAAUCAUCGUCCAUCCCAGACCAUCAUCAGCAUCAACCACCGUAAAAACAUCACCUACGUUUACUGAACACUCAUCAUCUCCAGUGGCUUCGUAUUUAUAGGCUGCACGACCGGUGGGAGCACCGUGAGCGGUUCCAUUGCUUGACACCGAUUUGCCUCUUCCACGUCGUAAGUUGAAUAUUCCUGAGCUUCCAGCCGUCUUCUGGCUGGUGGUAGAUUUGACCGUGUGAAUAGACUGGACAUCGCCGGGGGUGGACUCUUCGUGGGAUUUCUUACC